AUGGGUGAUAUCCCGCCAGGGUUUGGGCAAGGUUCCCAGGAAACAACUGGGAACGAGCCGGCUGGAAACUUCACACCCGAGUCCGGGCCAACAAUUGAGACACCAAUCAAUGGCGACCCGCACGCUAAUCGUCGAGUUGAUGAAAACACUGAGCGCCCAGGACAAACACCAGGGGGACAAGGGGGUUCACGUGAGGGUCCCCAUCUGGGACCCCGGCCUUUGGCCCCGAACACCCCGCAUCGGACACGGCCAGAAGGAACCGAGGCCUCGAGGCAAGAGAACGCGGCCUCUGGAGCCAGCGCUCAAACUAAUGUUCCCCCAGAACCCGCAAGACCUGGGGGUCAGUCUCCCAAUGCAACUCAGUCAGGAUCUGUCCCAGGAAGACCUGACGCAAUGAACAACGCACCUUCUGGACAUAAUGUCCCACCCGGAGGUUAUCAAGGACCUUCGGGUCAAACCUUCCAAGGACCCUCGUGCCAAGCUUAUCAAGGACCUUCAAGUCAAACCAUCCAAGGACCCUCGUGUCAAACCUUUCUAGGACUUUCAAGUCAAACCUUCCAAGGACCUAUUGGUCAAAGCCAAUCAGGACCUUCAGGCCAGACCCUACAAGGACCUGCAGGACAAGGCUAUCAAAUGCCUUCAAGCCAAGGCUAUGGAAACGUGAAUGGACCUGGAGCACAACAAUUCUCCUCGCAGCAAUACGGUACCCAACCUUCAGGAGGAAUUUAUGGCAAUGAACCAACAGGGCAGGCACAACCUCAUCAGUAUUAUGCAUCACAAUACACCAUAUCGAUCCAGGGGGUCCCACAAGGCAUCGGGGAACAACAGUACACCAUGCCAGCCCCUGUCACAGGAUCCUAUGGCCCACAGGGAUGGGGAGCUCCAGUAUAUCAAAACGCUCUGGAAUUACAAAUGGUCGGAGGAAGUGUCGAGAACUCGCCAUUUGUCUCCUGGAUACAAAACUAUCCCCUUCCAAAGGAUCUGAAAUAUCCUUCCCAUCUGGGAACAUACAAAGGAAAAAGUGAUCCGGGCGAUUUCUUGGAAGCAUUUGAAGGAGCGGCAGAGAUGAAGGUCUGGAACGUGCCGAUUGCAUGCAGAAUGUUCAGAUACACACUCGAAUGA